ACAACGAUAAACCACUUAUUCCAGAUUCACGUGUAACUACUACUGUUGAAAAUAAUAAAUACACAAUCGUAGUCAAAGAUCUUCGACCAGAAGAAGACGAAGGAGUUUAUACACUAAAAUCAGAUCAUUUGGUUCUUGAUACACCAUCAAUAAGUAUUGUUCCUGAAGAAAAGAAACCACAAAAUGAAACUGUAACAAUAGAAGAAGAAGAAACAAUUACAGUUGCACCACAAAUAGAAAAACGAGAGAUAGAGACAUAUAAAACCGAAACAGAAAUGCCAGUGCAAGAAGUCGAUGAAACAAGUACAAUUACUUUAACUAUCGAGAAAUCACAAAAUACAACAACAAAAGAUGUUGUUCUACUCAAAAAUGGAGAGGAACUUAAACCUUCCGAUCAUGUUAAAAUAACAUCAAUAUCACCUACAACAACUGAAGUUCAAAUUGUUAAAGUUAAACCUGAAGACGAAGGUGAUUAUACAGUUGAAGUGAAAGGUGUUGAACAACCACUUGUUCGACUCAUUGUUCAUCCAAAACCAGUUGUUCGACAAGAAAUGCAAUUACCAAAAACACAAUUUAAUGAAAAAGAAACUCUCACUAUUGUUUGUCAAUUUGAUGCAACACCAGAAGAACCAUUCAUUCUUCUUCACAACGAUAAACCAAUUGUUGCAGAUUCACGUGUAACUACGACUGUUGAAAAUAAUAAAUACACAAUAGUAGUAAACGAUCUUCGACCAGAAGAAGAUGAGGGUGUUUAUACACUAAAAUCGGAUCAUUUGAUUCUUGAUACACCAUCAAUAAGUAUUGUUCCUGAAGAAAAGAAAUCUCAAACUGAAACUGUAACAAUAGAAGAAAUAGUUACAGUUGUACCUCAAGAAGAGCAACCUCGAACGGUUACUCAACAAGAAGAAGAAGUCACAGAAAUAACCGAAAAGAAACAGCCUCAGGAACAAAUCGAAACUCCAAUUCAAGAAGUUGAAGAAACUACUACUGUUACUAUGACCGUAGAAUUACCCCAGGGUACAACGCAUAAAGACAUAAUUUUACUAAGAGAUAACGAGCGCGUAAAACCUUCGGAUCAUAUACAAAUUACUCAAACAUCAACUACAACUACAGAAAUCCAGAUCAAUAAAGCUAAACCUGAAGAUCAAGGAGUCUAUACCGUUAUCAUUGAUAAUAAACAACAACCUUUGGUACAACUCAAAGUUAUACCUAAGCCAGUCACUCGUCAAACCAUGGAUAUACCUCAAACAACAUUCAAUGAAGGUGAAACAUUAACAAUCAAAUGUCAAUUCGAUUCGGCACCAGAAGAAACAUUUCAGUUCUUUCGAAAUGAGAUAUCACUCAUACCGAAUGAUCGAAUUUCGACCACGGUCAAAAAUAAUACGUAUAUAAUUGAAGUGAAAAACUUGAAACCAAAA